GCUCGGCUCCCGGAGCCCGCCCCGCACAUGCGCAGUGGCGCCCGGCGCGGCGGCCUCGGCGCUCUCGCGAGACGAGCCGUCAGGCCGGGAAACAUGGCGCCUCCCAGCCCGCGAGAGCCCGCGGCCCCGGCGGCCACGAGCGCGGCGCAGCCCGACGGGGAGAUGGUGCUGCCGGGCUUCCCGGACGCGGACAGCUUCGUGAAGUUUGCUCUUGGGUCGGUGGUGGCAGUGACCAAGGCAUCCGGGGGCCUGCCGCAGUUCGGUGAUGAGUAUGAUUUCUACCGAAGUUUCCCUGGCUUCCAGGCAUUUUGCGAGACACAGGGAGACAGGUUGCUCCACUGCAUGAGUAGGGUAAUGCAGUACCACGGGUGUCGAAGCAACAUUAAGGACCGAAGUAAAGUGACAGAGUUGGAGGAUAAGUUUGAUUUACUAGUUGAUACCAAUGAUGUCAUUCUGGAAAGAGUGGGUAUUUUACUGGAUGAGGCAUCAGGUGUGAAUAAGAAUCAACAGCCUGUCCUCCCGGCAGGACUGCAGGUUCCCAAAACAAUAGUGUCCAGCUGGAACCGUAAGGCAGGAGAAUAUAGCAAAAAAACAAAAUCUGAAACUUUUCGGUUGCUUCAUGCAAAAAACAUCGUCCGGCCUCAGCUUAAAUUCCGAGAAAAGAUCGACAACUCCAACACUCCGUUUCUUCCCAAGAUCUUCAUCAAGCCCAAUGCUCAGAAACCCCUCCCUCAGGCACUCUCGAAAGAAAGGAGAGAGCGCCCACAGGAUCGUCCGGAGGACCUGGAUGUCCCCCCUGCCCUGGCUGAUUUCAUCCAUCAGCAGAGAACCCAGCAGGUGGAGCAGGACAUGUUUGCACAUCCUUACCAGUAUGAACUAGAUCACUUCACUCCUCCAGAGUCAGUCCUUCAAAAGCCACAACCCCAGUUGUACAGGCCUGUGGGAGAGACGCCCUGCCAUUUUGUGUCCUCCCUGGACGAACUGGUGGAGCUUAAUGAAAAGCUCUUGACUUGUCAAGAGUUCGCGGUAGACUUAGAGCACCACUCAUACAGGAGCUUCCUGGGGCUGACCUGCCUGAUGCAAAUCUCCACCCGAACAGAAGAUUUCAUUGUCGACACCCUGGAGCUUCGAAGCGACAUGUACAUCCUCAACGAGAGCCUCACAGACCCCACCAUCGUUAAGGUCUUCCAUGGUGCCGAUUCAGACAUAGAAUGGCUACAGAAAGACUUCGGAUUGUAUGUAGUGAACAUGUUUGACACCCAUCAGGCAGCGCGCCUGCUUAACCUGGGCCGGCACUCCCUGGACCAUCUGCUCAAACUCUACUGCAGUGUGGAAUCGAACAAGCAGUAUCAGCUGGCCGACUGGAGAAUACGACCUCUGCCUGAGGAAAUGCUCAACUACGCCCGAGAUGACACCCAUUACCUGCUUUACAUUUAUGAUAAAAUGAGGCUGGAGCUGUGGGAGCGAGGCAACGAGCAGCCUGUCCAGCUGCAGGUGGUGUGGCAGCGCAGCAGGGACAUCUGCCUCAAGAAAUUCGUCAAGCCUCUCUUCACGGAUGAGUCCUACCUUGAACUAUACAGGAAGCAGAAAAAGCAUCUCAACAUACAGCAGUUGACGGCCUUUCAGCUGCUGUUUGCCUGGAGGGAUAAAACAGCUCGUAGGGAAGAUGAAAGUUACGGAUACGUACUGCCAAACCACAUGAUGCUAAAGAUAGCUGAAGAACUGCCCAAGGAACCUCAGGGUAUCAUAGCUUGCUGUAACCCUGUUCCACCUCUUGUGCGGCAGCAGAUCAAUGAGAUGCAUCUUUUAAUCCAGCAGGCUCGAGAGAUGCCCCUGCUCAAGUCCGAAGUCUCAAGUGGCGUGAAGAAGAGCGGCCCACUGCCCGGUCCCGAGAGAUUGGAGAAUGUUCUCUUUGGACCUCACGACUGCUCCCACGCCUCUUCGGACGGCUACCCUAUGAUGCCAAGCAACGGGCCUGUGCCAGCGCAGAAACAGGCAAGCCUCUUCCCUGAGCGAAGAGAAGAGGAGGCCCUGCCAGAUACCGGAUGCCUCAUCGCCACUGCGGUCAUCACACUAUUUAACGAACCCAGUGCUGAAGAGAGCGGGAAGAGCCCGUUGACAGUUGCACAGAAGAAAGCCCAGAACAUAAUGGAGUCCUUCGAAAAUCCGUUUAAGAUGUUCCUGCCCUCCCUCGAACACCGCGCUCACGUUUCUCAGGCAGCAAAGUUUGAUCCUUCGUCAAAGAUCUACGAAAUCAGCAACCGUUGGAAGCUGGCAAGCCAGGUACAGGCACACAAAGAAUCUAAAGAAACUGCCAAGGAGAAGGCAGCGGAGCAAACAGCCGCCCGGGACCAGGCCAAGGAAGAGUACAGAGCGACCGCGGAGCAGGCCGUGUCUGUCCGACAGCAGGCUGCCCUAGAAAGUGCCGCCAAGAAGAGGGAGCGAACCACAAGUGACCCGAGGACCACAGAACAGAAACAAGAGAAGAAACGACUCAAAACUGCUAAGAAGCCCAAAGACCCAGAUCCACCAGAAAAAGAUUUCACCCCUUACGACUACAGCAAGUCGGACUUCAAGGCUUUUGCUGGAAACAGCAAAUCCAAACCUUCUUCCCAGUUUGAUCCAAAUAAGCAGACCCAGCCCGGCAAGAAAUGCGCCGCACCCAAAAAACUUAAACAGUCGGGAAACAAAAGCAUGUCCUUUCCAACCGGAAAGUCAGACAGGGGUUUCAGGCACAGUUGGCCAAAGAGAUAGUGUUGGAGGAGACCCUUGGAAUUCCCCAGCGGACCGCAAGCACCAAAUGGGGGUGCUGGUUUUGUACAGACUCAUUUUUAAGCCAUUAAAGAUAAUUCUUACUGGAAGAAGGGGGAUUCCUGACUUUUCCUUUGCUGCCACCACAGUCCCGGCAGGAGAGGACAGACCCCACCCUGUUCAGGUCACCGUCUUCAGUUGCCUGUGGGUAAGUGUGCCCUUGAGGACGCUGCGAUCUCUGGAGAAAUCCAGGGUCUCAGAAGGGCGCGUCCACGAGGCGGGAGCACGAACUCUCCAUUGUCAGGACGUCAGGGCGGCCUGUCACGUGCCUUCAGGUCCUGCCAGUGAAGCCACAAGGUACAAACACCCCAGAGGAUUUCCUGGUGGAGCUCUAGAGCCGGCUGUGGCCUCCAGAGGGCCGGCUCUCCUCCCCGUUCCUGUCUCGCUCCCUUCUGCUUUCAACAUUGUUUCUCCCAACUAAAAAAGUAAUAGCACAUUCGCUGUAGGAAAUGAGGAAAAGAGAAGAACCGCGUCAUCUGUGAUCCCACCACACCGAGGGCAGCGUUCACACUCUGGUGUCAGUGCUUUGUGCCACGUGUAUUUUCAUUUCUGAACUCGGGUGUAUGUUUCUACAGGUUUUCACUUUCCAAGGUUCUAUCUUUUCUCAUCCCAAAAUUCACUCCAGCCCCACCACCAUUUUUGAGCACGUAGGUUUCCAUUUUGGUAUCCUUCGUAGUAACGUGGCACGGAGCUCGUUCAGAAUUCCAUUUGAUUUUAACCCUGGGAGGGCUAUUGAAGCCAGAAAGCACAAGAUGAUGCCAUUAGUUUUGUUUUCACAGACACUUAACGUAUUUUCUUAGAAGCUUUUCUCACAGAUGAGUGAGAGGGCUGGCUGUGCGUGCAGUAGCCUGGGGGGCAUGGAUCCCGACGUCGCCCUGCUGCCAGCGAGCAGCCCAGGCCCAACACGGGCUGAAGUUUGGACCAGUUAGGACUAGAAUGGUUGCAACGGACAGAAAAGCCAGACUCUCGGUGACUUAGCAAAGCAGAUGCUUUCCUUCUCUCUUCAGUCUCAGUCCAGAGCUAGUGUGGCCGCUGGCAGUUCCCACUCUGGCUCUUGUUCCAUUUCUGUCUUCACCUGGAACCCGGGGCACCCACCUCAUGGGCUAGGUAGCUGGCCUAGCUCCGUCCAUCACAUCCACAUUCCAUUCAGCUGGAAGGAAGGAAGGAGGAGAUGCACACCUGGUCUCCCUUUUAAAGGAUGCAGCCCGGGCGGCACAGCAGUUUAGCACCGCCUUCGGCCCAGGGCCUGACCCUGGAGUCCCGGGAUCGAGUCCCACGUCGGGCUCCCUGCAUGGAGCCUGCUUCUCCCUCUGCCUGUGUCUCUGCCUCUCUCUGUGUGUGUCUCUCAUGAAUAAAUAAAGAAAAUCUUUAAAAAAAAAAAAAAAAAAGGAUGCAGCCCGUUUGCACUUCCGUGGGCCGGCACAUAGUCACGUACCAGGCAGAGGCUGCUGGGAAAGUCAUUUCAGUGUCCAUGAGCCCCUCUGGGUCCAGAGUUCUGGUACAGAAUUUGGAGAGAAGAGACAUGAGGAACAAUAAGCCGUCUGCCCCAAAAUGGCAGAGUCCCUGCUAGAAUUAAAAAAAAAAAAAAAAAAAAGGACAGAUGGGAAUUUAUAAGAGUGAAAAAUGGUUUUCUCCUGCGGAUGGCCUGAGGAGACUUCAUGAAAGGUCCGUCUGGGUUGGACCUUGAUGAGCAGGGGAGAAAAUCCAGAGGACCUUGUCAUUACUGCCACUCAAGAGUGUGGACUCUGCCAGGGGAUGGCGGCACGGGGGCCCCGGGAGCCGGGCUGCGCACGCUGUGCCCUUGGCAGAACUCGGAGAGCCUCCAGAGUGGGGCCGGCCGUGUGCCCCGGGCCCUGCUGAGCAGCCCAGGUGGGCUUAGCCCUGGCCGGAGGUGACACAACCGCAAGGAGACAGCGUGUUCCGUUUCUCACAGAGGGAAGGGGGUUCUUUGUCCUUAGUUGUUGGUUUCUUCUCCCUGAAGAUUUUAUUUAUUUAUUCACAACAGACACAGAGAGAGAGGAGCAGGCUCCCUGCGGGAGCCCGAUACGGGACUCGAUCCCGGGACCCCAGGAUCACGCCCUGGUUCUCUCAGCUCAACUGCUGAGCCACCAGGCGCCCCAUUCUCUGUCCUUUGUUUGGAAUUUGCCCUUACUCGUUUUGUCUCCGUGGCAGUGUUUUGUGUUUGUUUUAUAAAAAGAUGGGAGCCAUA